AUGAUUUGGAGCAGCGAUCUAUGUUACAAGCUUUACUUCUGGCCAUUUUUGAACUAUCUGGCUGGUAUAAAAGGAAUUUGUCCAUAUUUUAUAGGUUAUUUUCCCUUUAUCACACUAGCGCCGGGUACUAUAUUGACAUCGCCUUCCACAGCUUCCACAACAACAUCCACCACAACGUCCACCACAAUCACGACGACGACAGUCGCUACAACGAUUCCGACGUUUCCGACGUUUUCGCCUACACCGCCAACCGUGACCACCCAGCAACCGUGUCCGGCACAACCAUUGGCGUGCUUGAAUGGUGGCGUGCCACCAAUAGCCUAUUGCCCCUGUAUCGAUCCAAGGCUAAGUGGGCUGGCGGGUGGCACUGGAACUACCGCAGCGGCGCUGCUUACUAGAUUCGGUCAGGCAUCACAGACGCAACUCCAAAGUGCAGGACAAUUGACUGAUCGUCUGACAUUUGCACCAAUUAAUACACAACCGAAUGGCGGUGCGGAAAGCUUACAACCAAAAGCUAGUGGAUCUUCAUUGUCAAAUUCAUUUUUCAAUUUACCGUUUGGUGUGCAAAAUGGCGCGCAGUCGCCAGGACCUGUUGGCUCAGAAGUGAUGGUUUUCAGUUCGCUCAGACGACGCAGGAGGCGACGAAACCCAGCAAAAUCUAUGCCUUUCAAACCCGUCGCUACACAACAACAGAGUGGACCAAAUACAUUGACAUUUAAAUUUUCAUCGCUCAAUUCGAAUGCCGGCAUACAAACAUCGCCACAAAUUAAUCCAACGAGUACGCCAUCACAAUUAGUAACCCCAGCGCUAAUACCUCCAACGAGUGUGCUUAUACCCAGCAGUACAAUAACCACUGGCAUCUUGCCAGCCAACUCCAACCGGCCAGUGGUGGUAUUGCCACCUUCAAUUCCAAACAACGUCAAUUCCACAGUUGUAAAUAUACCCACGCGCUUGCCAUCGUUGAGAGGGCAGCAAAGUUGCGGAUUGACUUCAGCUUAUACAAAUAAAGUUGUUGGUGGUUCAGAAGCCAGUCGAGGCGCCUAUCCAUGGCUCGUCGCUUUGGGCUAUCGCGACGAAUAUAAACCGGAUGCUUUGAAGUUCCUUUGUGGUGGUAGCUUAAUCUCAAGUCGCUAUGUUUUAACCUCUGGACAUUGCAUCAAUGCCUUGCUGAGCACAGUACGCGUGGGUGCACAUGACCUUAGUAAUGCUAAUGAAGAGGGUGCCAUAAAUAUAUCCGUUGAACGUAAAAUAGUGCAUGAGCAAUAUAAUGAGCGUUAUGUCGUUAAUGAUAUAGGAUUGGUUAAGUUGCGCGCAGCAGCGCCAAAUACAGCAUAUAUUGGCCCAAUUUGCUUGCCUGAUGGAGAACGCUUCGAACAGAAUUUUGUGGGCAUGAACCCAUUUGUUGCUGGCUGGGGUGCAGUUAAGUUUCAGGGUCCAAGUUCAAAUGUUUUGCGUGACGUUCAAGUGCCCAUUGUGAACCAGCAGUCUUGUGAACAGUCCUAUAAUUCUGUGUUUCAACAUAUUGCAUUUACUGAUAGGUUCAUCUGCGCUGGCAAUUCUUAUGUGGAUGCUUGUCAGGGGGAAUUCGGUGGCCCCCUAAGAUUUCCAAUGCUGGAGAAUGGCGCUUAUCAUUAUUACAUACUUGGCUUGGUUUCUUACGGUUAUGAAUGCGCUCGGGCUGGAUUUCCUGGAGUUUACACACGUGUGGCUUCCUAUUUGCCGUGGAUUCGCAGUCACAUGACUUAA